AUGUCACCGAAGACUCUACGGGUCACCCAGGACUUGCGAGCUGUCGAGCAUUCAAGAGAAACAAGACGACCUGCAGCAAUGAGCAUUGCGGGCACCAUUGGCAAGAACACGUACAUAUCCUUCAAGGACACCGAAGUCGAACGUCGAUUAAAGGCCAAUACAAACGACAUCACAGUUCGUCAAGAAGGAAUACGAAAAAUCAAAGACCUUCAAAAAGAAUACGAAGAUGAAUGUGAUCAACUACGAACAGCAAUGGUGCGAUUCGUAGCAUAUCUCAAAAAGCAUGCCAUCACUGCCGUUAACGACAGGACAGAGAAUUACUACGCUGAACUCAUCACAAUUGAAGAGAACAAGAUCCAUCGCGCAAAAGAUAGAAGGAUGAACGUUGAUGUAAACAUGAAACAGUUGGAAGGUCUCAAGCAAGAUCUAGUUGCAUAUCUGGAACUCACUGAGACGAUCAAACAAAACAUGCGCGCUCCUCGCAAUUCAUCAGAUAAGCUUAUUACUCAAGAUGGUGUAAGGAAACUAAUUCAGGAGUUGUAUGAUUUGCCGCAUUUUGGGAAGAAUUUGGAGAAUAUGAAGACGGUUACUGUUUCUUCUCAUGAGACGAAUGGUCGCGAACGAUCGCAUCGGAGGGAAAGAAAGGUCUCGUGGGAGGAGGGAUGUUGUAUCUGGUCAUGA